CCCAGCAAUUCACGAGUAUUGCAAUUACAGUUUCCUUGAAACCUGUGAUCUAAUCGAACGUUUUCUUUAUAAAUAAAUAAAUCGCCAUGAAUAGGAAAUCUAAAUCAAAAAGUGAAAAAAGUAAGACGGAAGUUGAGAGGAAGGUCUCUUCUACAACUGUACGGUCCAGUGAAUCUUCAGUAAGACGAGAAUUCAGAUUUGUAACUUAUAGUGUAGAAUCUUCGAGUACUAAUCGGAGUAUUAGUGAAAGACAGUCAAUGAGUCGUUUAGGAACAAGUACAGAUGCAAUCCGGCAGAACCCUUUCAAUACAGAAUUUGGCGGUGGAGCUAACCGAGCUGUUUCCGAGUAUUGCAGUCCUUAUACGAAGAGGGUAAUCAGAUCGGAUGCAAAAGUAGUGUAUCCCCCGAACACACCGGCCUAUAACACAAAUUAUCCACUAAGAAGUUCGACUGUUGUAACUCCUCAGGGGUUAGCAACUCCAAAUUCUUCAGGUCCUCCCACAUAUUUGAAACCCUUUACUGUUUUGGGAGCUGUCCCAAAGAGUGGAACAGUUUCUACAGGAAGUCAAGUGAAAACUAGUCUCAGUAACCCUGUGGUGAAGACUGGGGAAAGAUUGGCUCAAAAGAAAGAACCGAAAUUGGAACCUGGCGUCGUGUAUAUCUUCAACCAAGAGAAAUUUGACAAUGAGAAAGAAAUGCGGGUAGGGACCGACAAGGACGUGGCAGCCCUCAGACAAACGUUUCAUGGGCUUUUCAAAAUGCAAACAAAUAUCUUCAAGGAUCUGACAGUUAAGGGAAUUAAAAAGGAAAUUGCGAACAUUGAAAAAAAAGAUUUCGCCAAAAAAUCAUGCAUUGUUAUUGUCAUCUUAACUCAUGGAACGCGGCAUGAUGUAGUUUGCGCAAGGGAUGGUAAUUACUCCAUUGACGAUGACAUGCUAUUUCCCAUGCUGAACAACAAAUCACUCACCAACAAACCGAAAAUUUUCAUAAUACAGGCUUGCAAGGGUGACUACGCAACCAAGGAGUUUGUCUAUGCGGACGCAAAACCAUGCUCUCUCAAUGCACCAGUUCAAAUUGCAAAAUUGUACAGCACAUUCGAAGGUUUUUUGAGCUACCGGGGAGAUUCCGGGUCUUUAUUCAUUCAAAUAUUUUGCGAAAAUUUGAAAAAGAAUAAGGGGAUGAAGACUGUUCUUGAUGUAAUGGGUGAUACUAUUCAUCAAAUAAUCCACCAAUACGGGGCUCGGCAAGUUCCAACCAUUACUCAUAAUUUGACGAUUCCUCUCAAGUUUGAAGACUAUGUCUAGGUUCGUCCCCAACGUGAUAGAAUAAUACUAAAUUUUGUUACUGCACCAUGUAAUAUGUGUAUUAUUAUCCCUUAUUAUUUUUUAAGAUUGAUUAAGAUUUAGAGGAUGGUUGUGUACAUCUUUGUGCUUGUUCUGUUACUAUGUAGCUUAUCACUUUACAAUAUUACGUGCGAUGAUAACAUAGCUCAUAUUCACCCCUUGGUGGGGCAUAAUUCGUCAACCAUAUCAACGCGCUAUCGUUUAUGGUCCGCUGAAAUGCGUUUCAGCUCCCCCAGGACUUCUGAGGCCCAAGUGCUCUUGGGAUGAUCCACUUGCUCUCAUAAUCUUCACUUCACUGUAAUAUUUUAUUGUGAUACUAUUUUAGUAUAUAAAAAUAUUUGAAAUAAUAUUAUUACCUCUUA